AUGAACAUCGACAAACCCUCCUCCAACUUCAUCCAGCUGCCCUUCAUGAAGCGGAAAGAGACCGCCGGCAACAGCGGCAACGACAAUGCCGACAAGAAGCAACACAAACUCCCCUUCAUCGGCUUCCUCCCCAACCGCCUGCGCAACCACUUCAUCGCCAUGGUCGGCGAGUUCGUCGGCACCUUCCUCUUCCUCUUCUUCGCCUUCGCCGCCACCCAGGUCGCCAACUCGGCCGCCGCCGCCGUCACCGAUAGCAACGCCGACAGCGAUGGGGCGACGAGCCUGGCGCAGGUGCCGAAUGCUCCCGUGCUGCUGUACAUUGCGUUGGCGUUUGGGUUUAGCUUGGCGGUGAAUGCUUGGGUGUUCUUUCGGAUCUCGGGGGGUCUCUUCAACCCGGCUGUUACGCUCGGUCUGGCCAUGAUCGGAGGCAUCACCUGGGUCCGCGCGGGUCUGGUCUUCAUCGCGGAGAUGCUGGCGGGGAUGUGCGCGGCGGGCGUGGUCGCGGCGCUGUUUCCGGGGCCGAUGGCCGUCAGUACUGAGCUCUCGAGUGAUACGUCGAUUGCUCGGGGGUUGUUCAUCGAAAUGUUCCUCACCGCCGAACUCGUCUUCACCAUCUUCAUGCUGGCGGCCGAGAAGCACAAGGGUACCUUCCUCGCACCCGUCGGCAUCGGCCUUUCGCUGUUCGUCGCGGAGCUCGCGGGUGUCUUCUUCACUGGCGGCUCCCUCAACCCCGCACGCUCCUUCGGCCCCUGCGUCGCUCUGGCCUCGUUCCCGGGCUACCACUGGAUCUACUGGCUUGGCCCCUGCCUCGGCACCUUCCUAGCAGUAGGCCUCUACCGCUUCGUCAAAAUCCUCGAAUACGAAACCGCCAACCCCGGCCAAGACUUCAACGAAAAAGAAGCCGAAGUCUUCGCCUUCGACGAGGACAACGCCGCUACAGGAGCAGACGUCGCGCGUCCCAACGUCGCCACCAAGCCCGACUACAUCGCCGACAGGGAGGGUCUCAGCCCGGCCGCUUCGCGGCUGAACAGCGCGGGUACGGAGAUGAGGGGCAGUAAUGUGGGGGCAGGGAGGGAGGGGAGUGGGCCUUUUGGCGGCGCGGGGGAGAGGGAAAGGGAGAGGGAGGUGGCGGGCAUGCAUCCGGGGUAUGGGUCUGGGGACGCGGCGUAUGCGAGGGGACCGGACGCGGAGACGGGCGCGAUGGGGGGGAGUUAUCGUCCGUCUACUUCUACUUCUGCUGGGGGAAGGGCGCAGGGGGGGCCAGCGCCGCAGCUCAGCGGGCCUGUGCAUUAG